CAGUCAUGGCAAUUCUUGUCUAUUCAGCUACAAAAUGAGAAGCAUUCAUGUUAUCCUGCAGCUUAUACCCAUACUAUGCAAUUUAGAGGUGGCUGCCUCACUUUGGGGGGAAAGCGGAAGCUCUUCAGAAAAAGCUUUCCACAGGGGAACAAGAGAACUGAAUGCUCCAUCUCCAAUAGAUUGUAAGCUGAGCAGCUGGAAUGCAUGGGGGCCCUGUGACCCCUGCACCUAUCAAAGGUUUCGCUCUAGACGUAUUGAAAGAUUCGGACAGUUUGAUGGAAGACCAUGCCUGGAGACCUUAGGAGAUACACAAAGCUGUAAAACCAGCCAAGUCUGUCCUGAAGAACCAGAACAAAACUGUGGUACUGACUUUGAAUGCAAUUCUGGUCGAUGUAUAAAGCGACGACUUGUGUGUAAUGCAGAUAAUGACUGUGGAGACUUUUCUGAUGAAGAUAACUGUGAAUCCAACCCACGAUCACCAUGCCAUAACCAUGAUAUUGAUGUGUCUGAAAUUGGCAGGACCGCAGGGCAAGGAAUCAAUAUUCUAGGGAUGCAGCCAAUAGCCAGCCCAUUUGACAAUGACUUUUUCAAUGGUCUUUGUGAAAGGGUGCGUGAUGGAAACACGCGGACAUACUACCGCAAGCCAUGGAACGUGGGUGUUCUCAAUUACGAUACAAAAGCAGACAAAACCUUCACAUCUGUGUUCUACCAUGACCGUGUAAAAAUGUUACGGGAAGUUUAUAUAGAAAAACAAAACCACUUUAAUGCUGACCUGUCUCUGAAAUACACACCUACUGAAGGAAGUAACAAAAAUGGUUUAGAACAAAAGUUCAAGUAUCACUAUAGCAAGAAUUCAAGUUUAAGCUCUAUCCUGAAAAGCUCCACAGAAAGGAACCAAACCUUUCUGCAUGUAAAAGGAAAGAUUCAGCUGGGAAGAUUCCAAAUGAGGAGUCGUGAUGUCCGUCUCACAGAUAGUUUCCUUAAUGAUCUAAACUUGCUGCCUGCUGAAUAUGAUAAGGGGGAAUAUUUCAAAUUCCUAGAAGAUUAUGGAACUCACUAUGCAGUCUCUGGAACUGUAGGAGGAAAAUAUGAACUUGUGUACGUGCUGGAUAAUUACGCUAUGUCUCGAAUAGGUAUCACUGUAGAAGAUGUGAAAAGAUGCCUCGGCUACCACUUAGAUGUCAAUAUUGCAUAUAAAGACUUACAUGCCAAUGUUAAUAUUGACGGUGGUAAAUGUGAAAAGAUUCAUGUGAAGGACAAGUCAGAACUUAAGGAUGACGCUGUCAUUGAUGAUGUUAUCUCCUUAGUUGAUGGAGGGACGAUUGAUUUUUCAGUUAAAAUAAAAGAAAUGUUACUACGAGGAUCCAAAAUGGUUGAUGUAGAGGAUUACAUACAGUGGGCUAAGUCUUUGGUUGAUGCUCCAGUAGUGAUACAGCAACGGCCUUCUCCAAUACAUACACUUGUUCCAGUUAAGAUGAGAAACGCGUAUUUAAAGAAACAAAAUUUGGAAAGAGCAAUUGAAGACUACGUUACUGAAUACAGUGUGUGCAAAUGUGAACCCUGCAAGAAUGGAGGCACCCUUGUGCUGGUAGAUGGGGCCUGUACAUGCAUGUGCUCAAGCUACUUUAAGGGAAUUGCUUGUCAGAUUCCCAAAUCUACAUUAGUUAAAGUUGUCACUGAUGGAGGCUGGAGCUGUUGGAGUGCCUGGUCCACCUGCGUCAAUGGAGAAAGCACUCGAACUCGCCAGUGUAAUAAUCCUACACCAGAACCUGAUGGCAGACCAUGCCAGGGAGAAAGCAUUGAAAAACGGCCCUGUGGAGAAGCAAAAUAGUUAAGCUGCUGAAAAACAGAAAACAAUAAUGGAUUCCAAACCAAUUCUACAAAUCACAGUUUCUGCUGGCCAGCUGGCUAUCCAAGAGCAAUGGAAUGCCAUGACUUAAAAGCAGCUGCAGCUUAAAUGAUCGCUAAUCAAAACAAAGUAAUACACCAAUAAACAUCUUAACAGAGAUGAGCUGA